UAAAUACAUCACGGUGAUAUCAAGAUUCAUAUGAUGUGUCAUCGUAGUUUGUGGAUUUGACAAGAAAGUUUUAGUGAGAUUUUUCUUGUCAAGAAAGGCAAAAAAAAAAAAAAAAAAAGAAGCGCGUGUCAGACUCUAUGAAGAGAUCUGCCAAGAAAAUCUUAUCUGUUUUAUAAUAUCCUCUUGGUUGCUAUUUGCGAUCCAUGAACAUGCCUUAAAACACAUUCACUAAAAAAUGGCGUCCAAUCUUCUCAAAAUCAAUAUAAACACUUCUCAAACUUUAAAUCCACAAAUCCCAUUUCCUUCAAAUCAUCACCAUGUAUCAACUUUUCUUCACAAACAGAAACAGAAGCAACAAUGUAUUCGUUUCUCCUUGUCUUCUUCUUCAACCCCACCAACCACAAAAGAAGCAGCCAUUCUCCAAGCCAAGACCUGCCUCUCAACAAGCUUAGAGAAGCCCCUCAACAACGCCAAGCUCACCAACAAGCUCAAGAGGCUAAAACAGCCUAGAUUUCGCCUCGAGAUCCCGGUCUUCGAUGAUUCCCCGCAAUCUCUCUCCCAAUUAGCCCUUGACAUCUUCAAAGAACUCCCCAUCAAGAGAAAAGGAUCUCCUGUGAACAUCUUGAUCGUUUGGCCUAAUGAUGUCUACAAAGAAUCUGCCUUGAAAGUCUUCGAGUCUUUGCCUAAUUGCCCGGUUGAUCAUGCCGACAUUUCCUCGCUCUCUGAUAGUGACACAAGAAGUUUGAGCUCUGCUGACGUGGCAGUGUUUUUGGCUCUUGAGACAUCUCAAUUGGAAGCCAUGGAAGGUGUUUCGGAGAGAUUGUAUCCAAGGCCAGUGGUUUUGUUCAAUCCGAGGUGGGGUUUUGAGGAUGAGAGUGAAUUUGGAGAGAUGAGUGGCUUUGUGGGGUCCUUUGAAGUUCUCUAUUCAUUCACGGGGUUGGAGGUAAAAGGGGUUUUGAGCAAAAGGAAAGGAGUGAUUUUCAAGUGUGUUAGAGAUGGGGUUGUGAGUGGUGAGAAGUGGUCUGUCCUUGUUGAAGAAGAAGAAGGGGAAUUGAAGGUGAUUUCGACGUUUAAGGCGCGGCCUUCAAUCGCGGAAGUCGAGAAUGUUUUGUAUAACUUGAUGGCCAUGAAUUCGCCCGUUACCAAGUCUGUGAAGUUCUUUAAAGAUUUGGUGUCCAAUGUAACUGGAAAGAAGUAAGUGUUAGUUAUUUAGUUAUUGUAUGGCUUUUAAGUUCAAGUUUUGUUAAUGGUUUUCUAUGUAUGAGUAUGACAUAAGGUGCGAGAAAAAAAUAUUGAUUUGCUUUCAUAUACGAGACAAUGUUUUUUCUU